AUGUCCGGCUCCAAGCUUGACCAAAUUGUCAAAGGCGCUCCUCCGCCAGGCACUUCAGUCCCUUCCGUCGUCUCUAGAUCAUCUUCACCAGCUCCAUUAGCAGAGAAAACGGAGUUGGGAGAUCCAACAUCAUCCCCUCCUUUGGUAACUUCGGACCCACUCGCGACGCUUCCUUCUUCACCUCCGCAAAUAUACCUCAAUCUUCUCAUCGUUGAAGCUUCCCUCCGUUCUCAAUAUUUAACCCUGCGCGCUCGUAGGAGGCAGAAUACAUUCUUCUUGCUCCUGCUUGUUAUCUGGAUCACUGGCUUUUCAUAUCUCUUGUUCCUGCGUCCACGCGAGGAUGGAAGCGGAGUGGGUGGCUCCGUCUACUGGGUGGUCGAAAUGGGAGAGAAGGUUGCAUUGAUGGGAGGGGUAGUUACUGGAGUCCUAAUAUGGGGGACGGGCCAAUGGGAUCGGGGGGUGAGAUGGCCACGGCGCUGGGUAGGCAUUACAAAUCGAGGCUUGAGGAGUAUGAAUGCAAAAAUCGUUGUUAUCAAAGGGCCUUGGUGGAAGGAGAUGUUGGGCCAUCUUUCCUUUCUCUUUCCCUAUUCCUCUUUUUUCCCCACUCAAGGAUCUUCCUAUCAUUACAUAGAUCACGUUACCGAGAAACACGGCUCAGGUGGUAUCCGGCCCAUGUUUGAAGAGGAAGAGGGUGCACCGCGAGAGGAGGAUCUUUCGCCUGGAGGUGACUACAUCAAACUUCUACUGUUGCCUAAGCCUUUUUCUCCGGACUUUCGUGAGAAUUGGGAAUUAUAUCGUCUGGAGUACUGGGAGAAGGAAAAUGAGAGACGAGCACACCUGCGACACCUGGUGCAAAGAAGUGAAAGAGAGCUGGCACAAAGGCAUGGCGGGUGGGUCUGGUGGGUGGGAGGGCGAGGACGCAAGAGGGUGCAGAACACUAGUGGAAAGGGUGAUAUCGAGAAAAUCCAUCAUAAGCACCAACUCGAAAAAGAAGGGAAAAGGCACUCUUUCAUAAGGUCGGACUCACAUUCUCGAAACACUUCUCGCAGCAGUACUCCAUCGAACGUUGAAGGGGAGGAGCGGCCUACUCGGACACGGCGAGGCAGCACCACUAUGAGUGCCAGUGAACGGAGAAGAAAGGCAACCAGAUCUUCUACAUCCGCAGAAAAUAGCCACCUCUCCAAGCUUACCCCGGUCAGUCGCCCAGCUUAG